ACCGUACAGCCAGCCACCUAACUGCUCACUGCCUCCGCCCCUGCAACUAGUCCGGCACUUGCUAUUUGAGUGCGCACCUUCCUUUCUGCGUUACGUUCGUUGUCACUGCCUUUUACUGUUGCUCUGCCUGGCUGUAGCACUGACACUGACACAUCUACCCGAGUAAUUCUUCCACAUUGCCGCUUUGACGCUUAAGAAAGUUUUACAUGCCGUGUCUUUGGUACAAUGUCUUUGGUCAUGGCAUUCAGUCUUCGCUGAUAUUUUACCGCCAACGGUUGCAUUUGCAGUGAAAGCGCGCUCGGCAACAUUUGAAAGAAAAUAAUUUAGAUUUUAUUUGAAUUUUGGUGUGAAUGUUAUUUUACUUUUGAUUUUGUAGUAUUCAGUGAAUGUAACACGUUCUUUCGAUUAAAAUGGUAACUGUAUUGAAAAAUAUAUUUACGUGCGUGUAUUGAAUCAGUAAAACGAAGUGCGUGCUUUAUUGUGAGCAAAGAAGUUUUAAACAAUUUUGCAUUCGAACGGUCAAAUUACAUUUUGCAUGUUGUUUCAGGCGUUAAACUAACUAAAAAGGCUAAAAUAAUUCUAAACUCUGAGACAAUUUUUAAAUAAAACAAGGUCAACAUUUCACAUUAAAUGAGUGUUUGUACAAACUUCGUUAUUCAAUUUGAUUUUAAAGUUUUGAUUAAUUAACUGCGCUUUGCGUACCCAUACAUAAUUUGUUACACACAUACGAAUUAUUGAAACGGUUGAAUGCAGUACUUGCAAUAAAGUUUAUGCUAAAAAAAUUAGUUUGAAUUUCAUUAGAAGUCACUUAUCGCUACUCGAAGGCUGGGUGAAAACAUUUGCGCGUCUGCUCUUAAAAUCCACUUACACACUCAUCCAAACUUUACAAAAUCUUAAACUCAUCACACGUAAGAAAAAGGACAUUACACGAGAUUCACCAUCAGUUGCUGAAUGCGACAAUGGGCGAUAGUCGGGAACGUAUACGAGGGCCACCGCGUGAUGGACGUGAGUUCCUCACGAGUCCCAGGCAAGUGUUGCGUCGCUUGAUGUUACUCUCCGAGGGACGACAGUACAGGGAGGCGGCGGGAGUUGUGGGUCGACUGGGGCCUUCCGUGUUGCGUUCAGUCAUAGCAGAAUUGCCUAUCGACCUGCUUCUGGAGCAUUUGCCACACAGUGCUUAUCUACUGGAAUCGUUUUUUACCAGAUUAAUCACCGUCAAUCCCACACCAAAACCCGAUGUGCCAAUUGAAUCAGUUGUUUGGCAGCUGGUGCGUCUCUUCUCCCAUCCGCACGAAUCAGGUAUGCGGCAACGCUGCACCAAGCUCAUACAAGCCAUAGCGCAGUACGAACCGAAUUUGCGUCAAACCCUACGUGAACAGCGAAAAUCCUUAGACAAUGCUGUCCAAGGCCUAGGCGUGCACGGUCUCACAACAGACUCCACCGGGCAGCUAAUAUCUUUGCAUGUCGCACUCAAGACUGAGCUGCAAAGGCAUGUGGACAUAUACAAAAUGUCCAUACAUAAGCUGGAAGAACUUAGUAUGAAAACAGCGCAUCAAGAUCCUGCGCAUUCCUCACACCAGCGCUUACUCGCCAUUAACUACGGUGAUAUACAACAAAGACUCAUAGAGAACAAAACACUACUUACCAUGGUGGACAAGCCGGCACUGAAGCAAUUGGCCUGCCUCGUGGAGAACCUGAGUCAGCGUGUGGAAAACGACAAAGAGGUGUUAAAGUGUGUAGGCCAGGUGAAACGUUUGGAUGGUCAGGCGUGCAUAGAGAAACGGCCGGCGGCGGGGUUGUUGAUGAAUUUCGCGCGAGGUUGCGAAGCGGUCUUGCAGUUGAUGGGAGCCGAAGCUGGGCCCACAAGUCCGACCGGCCCGGGUAGUGGCAGCAGCACUUGCAGCGACGGUUAUCAUUCGGAUGACUCAGCGAAUGAGGAGACGAGCGAAAUGGUAACUCAGUAUCGUACCCUGUAUAUGGAGAACAGAGCGGACACGUUGGAAGCGUUGGACGGUCUGCCGCAGCUAAAAAAUGUUCAUAAUUUGAAAACAAAAAUCCUUUUCUCCAUAAUCGUGUUAUCUUUUCGUCUGUGUCAUGGAAUGCGUGAAAGGAAAGUGAUGGAGGUGCGCCGCACGUUGAAUUGCCCCUUAGACGCGUCGAACGAGAUCACACUCGCUUUGGAUCGAUCAGUGCGAACUUAUUUGCACGAAACUGUAGAAUUAUUUCCUUUGGGAGAAAUCGAACGUUCUGUGUUCAAUCAGGUGCUUUCCACAUUGCAUGAAUACCCCUGCCUGGAAUCGUGCCCACCCCUCACACACUUUGUUAGCGCUUGCGUGCGCUUAACUUGGCACAUGAUCAAUCAGAAGUCGCCAUAUUAUCUCGACAGUGAUUUCAAUCUGGGAUUUCUGCGCCCAGAGAAACAGGAACGCCAUCCCCAGUCCGAUCGCCGUUCCGAUCUUAUCAAAGCAUUCCUUUGGCCGGCGCUCAUGCAGAACAAUCGUUGUGUAUUUAAAGCUAUCGUAGCCACUUAG